AGUAUUGAUUAGACGCUGAGACAGACAGCAGCAGUAGACAGCAGCCGUCAGAAUCGAGCGCUGUUUCAUCGUACAAAAGCGUUGGCUGUGUGUGUGUGUGUGCGUGUGUCGAAGAUCUCGAAGGUCCGUUGAUCGAUUGAUCGAAGCUAGUGUUUGGCGUGGUAGUGUGGAAAACGAUCGCUGGAAAAGGGAAACAUUGAAGAACGCAACGCAGACAGUGAGAAUCAUCCAAGUGAGAGCAAUGGGUGAUCGGUUCAGUGAUUGGUGGCGGUACUGGUGUGUGCUGUGGAUGUGUUCGCUCGGCGUUGGGUGGCUUUCCGCCGAAACGAUACACUUUACCAACUCGCCCAAACUUAUCAUGGCAUCGAAGAACUUUACGACGUACGAGAUCGAGGUGCCCGGCUCGAAACCGAUCACGAUCAUCGAAGCGACCGAUCCGUACGAUCACCGGGCGCCGUUGGACACGUUCCCGCGGGAAGUCCAACUACCGGGAGGACCUACCACCAGCUUCCGGACCAGCACCGGCCUCAGUGUGAGCCGCCCGUCCCAGGAGAGUGCCAGCUCGGGUGAACAAAUCGUGCCAGGAAGCCGAAAAACCCUCUACUCGCCCGAGCUGCUGAACAAAUUCCUCAAAGAGUACUCGGAGAAGCUGCGCAACGCCGAUUCCGCGACGAGAAAGCGGCUGAACGAGAUCACGAUGAUCAACAACAGCAUUAACCGAAAUCAGAACGAGGUUGCAGCGGCUGACGACGACGACGAGGAAGGUACCGGUGGUGGUGGUACGCGGGACGAGAAUCAGUACCGAAACAGGGUUCCGCCACACCUGGAUGCUAUUCAGGCCGCGAGCCAGGGCAGCGAGCGUGCGCCAGGGCCGGAUGAGCCAAAAGUGGAGGACGAGUUUGUGUUCACCGAUACACACGAGCGGCACGGUGGUGGUGGUGGCAGCAACAAGCGAUGGUACCAGGAGAGUGCUGCCUACCCGACGCAACCUCAGCCAACGCACCCGGGCCACAAAAACCACCCGUGGAACGUUAAGGACGGUUGGGUGACGCUCGAAGCGGUACCGUGGUCGGAGAGCAAGGUGUCAAAGUGGCACGCCACGUCGUCGGAGUCGAACAAACACCAGCCCGGCAAGGUGACGGCGAUGCAGCACGCGCUCGACAAGUACUGGAACACGGUAGGCAAUGCUGGAGCGGCGGAGGAAACGCCCAAAUACAAACCGGUGGCCACGUCCGGCUCUAUCGGAGCGUCCAGCUACUACACCGGCGAGGAGGACGAUGGGUACGGGUACGGGUAUGGGGGUGCAGUAAACCGCGUCCCAAGCUCAACACAACCACCUCCCGAAUCGUUCUACAACCGAAGACGUCCCACGGUGGCGCUGUACAGUGAGCGACCGGAUGCGGAUCGUAGUAGGCCGUCGCCAGCUCCACAGCCACAGUUGGCUGACGGUUGGUACGAUCAGCAGCAACAGCAACCACUGCACACGAGCAAUCCAUACGAUGCGAUGAAAGCAUACCACGACCAGGGUCCUGCCAACCCAACGAUCUCCAAUCGGGACAUCAUAACGGACGGACGGCCAGCAAACUUCCCCAAAGGGACAUCACCGGAUCGUGCGGGGCCGUCCAACGGUUACAGCGCAGGACAGGAUACCACCGGUCAGCGUGUCCGCCCCGUCUCCUAUCCCGACCGGGGCAACGGCGAGUGGGUGCUAAUCUCCACCACCAAGGGCUACCAGUACCCGAAACGCCGUCACGGACAGCGAGCGAUCACGUUCUCCCCUGCCGCCUCCACCAGCCACCAGACGGUCAAGCUGACCGUGCUACCGAUGAAGAACGCGCACGACAUGACUACCUCGCACAACGGGCUGAUCGAGGUGUCCUCCUCGACGCAGACGGUCGAGGAUGCGGUCAAGCAGCAGAAGGGCGGCAAGCGCAAAGGCACCGUCGUGGCGGACAAUCCAACCGGACACAGCCAGAAGAGGAAAAAGCAUCCGAAAGUCACUGGUGGGUCCGCGUCCGGCGGAUCACCGCAAGCAUUCUCGCUGAUGCGGCGCGAUGCGGCCCAGGACAGUUCGGCCGUGCUGGCGGCGGUCGGGGCGGGCAUGGUACCGGCCACCAUGGCCAUCCUCGCACCGAUGGUACUCGGGAAGAAGAAGAAAUAGAGCCUCGAGUGGGAGUAAAUUUGAAG